UUAGCUUACAUGAGCGAUCACCAUGCUGAGCUCCGUUUUAUUUUAGCCAAUUUUACUGCCGUUUUGCUAUAUUUUCAGAUGUAGAAAAUGUCCGAACUUGAAGCUAGUGUAUCGAGUUCUCCGCAGUGUGCGGAAACAGACAGUAACAAAAAUACAGGUGAUAUCAAUCCAGAAACAGUACAAAACACUAUUAGCAAUAACUCUCAGGUUGAAGAAGCAUUGCAGGAUGAUAGUGAUCCUCUUAAAGCCCUGCUGACUGAUAAGUUUUGUCAUGUGUGUGAAGCAACUCUGCUUUAUGAGUCCCAGAGAGUUUCUCACUAUGAGGGAAAGAAACAUGCUCAGAGAGUCAAGCUCCACCUGCAGAACAAAAACGACGAAAGAAACCAGCAAAGCGAGGAAUGCAAAGGAUCAUUGGGAGGUGUCUCUUCAAACCCCGACAAGUUCUGUGAGCUGUGUAACAUGGUGUUCAGCUCCCCUACUGUUGCCAAGUCUCACUAUGAGGGCAAAGUUCAUGCCAAGAAUGUGAGAAAAGCCUCCACGAACGCUCCACCACAUGGAACUUCAACACCCGUUCUAGGAUCCACCGCUCCUCCUGUCCGACCAGCAGAGGUCGCUGUACAGAAAGAGACUAGUCAGGAGCCAAACGACACCUCUGGUUUUGGUGAACAGGAGGUCAACCUCGAUGACCCUAAUAAGUAUUGUGUGUUGUGCAAAGCUACCUUUAACAACCCUGUGGUUGCUCAGCAACAUUACGGCGGGAGGAAGCAUCAGAGGAAUCAGACCCGACAACAGAUGAUGGAUGAGCUGGGGGAUCAGUCAGAGCAUGCAAGCGCCCUGACCUGCCCGAUAUGCUGCUUGACUUUCAGUUCAAUAGAGAUGUACCAGGCGCACAUGCAAGGAAAUAAACACAUUGUCAAAGAGAAGAAGGUAAAAGAGCUGUGCCAGUCUCAGAAGAAAGUGUACGACUCCUAUCAAGACGAGCUGGCAGACUACAUCCAGGUACAGAAGGCCCGGGGUCUGGAGCCCAAGCCCGGGCAGGGCACAGUGGGACAAACCAGCAAGAGUUUAAAUGAGGAUAUUAAUGAAAGCCCACAACCUGAAGACAUGAUGCCUCAUCCUGCCAUGAUGCCACAGCGACCUCCAUUAGCCGGUUUCCCUCAGCCACACUGGCCUCCACAGUUUCCGUAUCCGGGUAAUCAUUUUGGCUUCAGCAUGAGAGGCCCUGUCCCUCACUGUCCGCCAGAAUACAUGCCGCACCCCUGUCCUCCCUUCAAACACGGUAAAUUAUUGAAAAGAAGGCGGAGCCCUGACUCAUAUAGCUCCUCUGCUUCUUCAGACUCCUCCUCUUCAUAUACCAGCAGAAGUAGUAGUAGUGAAAGUAGCAGCAGCUAUGAAAGAAGACGAAAAAGGAGACGGCAGAGGAAAAUGAGAAUGCAGGGGAAAAUGAGACACCAGGAGGAGGAGUGUGAUGUGGACAGGAGGGGAAGAGAGGAAGAAAAACCAGGGGAACGGAAGAUGAUGCAGAAGGGAGACAGGAGGGGAAGUGUAGAACGAGUGGAGGACAGGAAAUGGAAGGCAGGACGGAAAAAGCAGAGAAGCUCUAGUGAGGACGAACAAUGCAGGAGAAAAAGAAGACAGAGCAAGAAGAAUAGAAGACAUGGAGACCAUGCAAAGAGGCGAAAAGAGGAAGGCCUUACGGUGAGAGGAGAGGAGGAAGUGACGAAUGAGGAAGCACAUGGAGAAAUAAAUGAAUAUGUAGAUGAAAGGACAGACAUGAAGGAUGGUAAACAAAAGCAUAAAAAAGACAAGAAAGUUAAGGAGAAGGUGAACCAAGAGGACAACAGGACAGAAGAGGAAAGACUCUGGGACGAGACUAUUCUUGGUGUUUUUUAAAGGUUGAUUAUAUGACAGUAUUCUUCUAGUAAAACAGCACGGGACCUCAGAAGACGUGUGUGCUGAAAUCUACUGAACUCUUAACGCUGUAGAUGCUCUCAAAAGGGAUCUUUCAUGUAGUAUUCGGUUAAACGCUUAAGACUGCCGAUUUAGGAUAUAUCUAGAGCUGCAAUUACGUUUCAUCACAAAAUCGAAAGUCAAAUCAAAAUAAGUGAACGUUUUAAGGCAAAUGAGAAGCUUUUUACAGUUCCCUCCACAUUUUUCAAUUCCCUCAACAAACACACACAAUUACCAUUAUCAUAAUGUGGCAAAAAAUCUCAUUACUGUAAUGUGUAAAUAGCAAAUAGUUUUUUUACACUAUAGUAGUAUUUAUUGUAGUGCCUUACAAACACUGUAAUGCAUUGAGAUUUAAGCACAGUCUGAAAUGGUAAAGUUAUGUUUUCACGUGAGCCUGGUUCGACGCCGCAUGAUUACAAACUGUUCUCGACACAGUUGUGUAGCACGGAGUGGAACGAUUAUGCAAUGAGAACGAUUCGGCACGAUGAUGAAAAUGCACUCAUUGAUUUUAGAUUUUCAGAAUGAUGGAAGUUUCAAAAACGCUCAAGAUAAAACAACCAUAUGCAUUCCAGUAAUGAGAAUUUGCCGGGUAAAUAAAAUAUAAAAAGUCAACGAUGAUUUAUUUGUUUUUUUACUUGUUUUUGGUGUGCAGUGUGUCUCACUUCAGUAACUUAUUUUUAUUCUUUGUGUAACAUAAAAUGUAAACGCAUACACUACAUAACUGUAAAAUCAUUUGCACAAAUUAAGUUUACAGUGGAUGUAUGCUCAAGCUUGCGCUCGGAUUAAAUGAAUCACUGUUUAUUAUAACAUAGAUGAAAUAUUUAUUGUUAAACUGUUUGUACAGUGUUUCAGCCUCAGGGUGGUGCUGAUCGGCUGAACUUUUGCUCUACGUGUUUUGUAAACCUCAAGCUAAUGCUGCCUGUGUGUGAGAGAAAUAGUUUGUAUGCAGGUUUUAACAGGUGCAAAAGUUAAAUGAGGACACAUGACUGCUGCUCUGUUGACCUCUUUCUUGCAUAGAGCUGUGUUGUUUUCUUUUGUUCUUUGAAGACUUUUAUUGUAAUCAUAUUCUCACAAUCAUGUAUUGAGCGAUUUCGUUGCUAGUCUCCAUUAAACACCCCUCCUUGUAUUUAUGAA